AGAAGGGCCUCUCAUGUUAUCUAGCUUCAGAACACUUUACCUACAUGUGGCCAAAUGUUACUAUACCCGUUUAUAAACGAAAUUACAGUUAUAUUUUCAGGCGCGUCUGGACGUCGCUUCCUAGGCGACAUAACAUGCUGCUAAGAUGAAAAAGACGUGAUCGGAGGUGUUGAAAUCAGGAGCAGUGGACAGGACUGCAGGUAUGGACACCUGGACACCCAAUCCAAGAGCCAAGCCCUUCAUCCCCCGCCAUCAGCGCAGCCUCUACCUUACCUGGAAAUACAGACUCACCAACAAAAGAGCAGUACGGCGAAUCUGCCAGGUCAGUGCUGUCCUGUUUCUUCUGAUCACAGUGAUUGUGAAUAUCAAACUAAUUCUUGAUACAAGGAGAGUUGCGAUUGAAGAGGAUGCUGCUCAAGAUUACGAUGAUGCCAUGCCCAACAUGGAAACCCCACGCAGGCCAGCCAGUGGGAGGAAGGUUUUGGAUAUUGAGGUGUAUUCGAGUCGCUCUAAGGUGUACGUUGCAGUGGACGGCACAACCGUGCUGGAGGAUGAGAUGAGGGAGCAGGGUAGAGGCAUACAUGUUAUUGCUCUUAAUCAGGCUACUGGUCAUGUGAUGGCCAAAAGAGUGUUUGACACUUAUUCUCCUCAUGAGGAUGAAGCCAUGAUCCUAUUCCUCAACAUGGUCACACGUGGUAGAAUCCUCAUCUUCACUAUUAAGGAUGAGGGGACUUUCCACUUGAAGGAUGCUGCAAAGAACCUUUUGAAAGGUUUAGGUAGUCAGGUGGCUGUCACGUUAAGCUGGAGGGUCAUGUGGACUCUGGUAGUGAUAAAGGGAGGUCAAGUGUAUGGGGAAAAGCACUCUAAGUCUCCUGCUCUCUCUACAUGGGGUGACCCUGUGCUGCUAAAGACAGAGGUUCAGCUCACUGCUUCUGAAGAGGCAGAGUGCCAUUGGGCAGACACAGAGCUGAACCGCAGGAGGAAACUCUUCUGUAGUAAAGUGGAAGGUUAUGGGAGCAUUUGUAGCUGCAAAGAUCCAGCAACUAUAGAGUUCAAUCCUGACCCACUGCCUAACAACAACGUCUACAACAUCCCAGUUGCAGUUAUAGCUGGAAAUAGACCAAACUAUCUCUAUAGAAUGCUGCGCUCUCUCCUUUCCUCCAAUGGCAUCAAUCCACAGAUGAUCACUGUUUUUAUUGAUGGAUACUAUGAGGAACCCAUGGAUGUGGUCGAGCUCUUUGGUCUUAAAGGAGUUCAGCAUACACCGAUCAGCAUCAAGAAUGCUAGAGUGUCACAGCACUACAAAGCCAGCUUGACUGCAACCUUCAGUCUGCAUCCAUACGCAGAUUUUGCCAUUGUCCUGGAGGAGGAUCUUGAUAUUUCCAUAGAUUUCUUCAGCUUUCUCAGUCAGACCAUCCAUUUGUUACACGAGGAUGACAGUCUCUAUUGUAUCUCAGCCUGGAAUGACCAAGGCUAUGAGCACACAGCUGAGGACCCUUCUCUGCUCUACAGAGUGGAAAGUAUGCCUGGUCUUGGCUGGGUGCUUAAAAAAAGCCUUUAUAAGGAUGAACUGGAACCCAAAUGGCCCACUCCUGAAAAGCUAUGGGAUUGGGACAUGUGGAUGCGGAUGCCGGAACAGAGGAAGGGCAGAGAGUGUGUCAUUCCUGAUGUCUCUCGCUCCUAUCACUUUGGUAUCAUUGGCCUUAACAUGAAUGGUUACUUUCACGAAGUUUACUUUAAAAAGCACAAAUUCAACACCAUUCCGAACGUUCAGAUGAAGAAUGUAGAUAGCUUGAAUAAAGAUGCUUAUGAGAUUGAAAUCCAAAUUCUUCUACGUGAGGCAGAAGUCUUGGACCACAGUAAAAACCCAUGUGAAGACUCAUUUAUCCCGGAUACUGAGGAAAAGACCUUUGUGAUGUUCAUCAAAAUGGAGCAGGAGACAGACACAAAUACUUGGACAGAACUAUCAAAGUGCCUGCACGUGUGGGACCUGGAUGUACGAGGUUAUCACAAAGGACUGUGGAGGCUCUUCAGAAAAAAGAACCAUGUCCUAGUGGUAGCUGUUCCAAUUUCACCCUACUCUGUUAAGAAGCCCAAUAAUGUCACUCCCAUUCACCUGGAACCUGCACCUAAAGAAGAGGGACCUCCUGUGGAACAGAUUUAGAACAGUCUUAAUCCCACCCAAGGGCCUUAUCUAACCACUUACAGACAAGGCCUGCAUCAGGCUGAUACUGGGCCUUAUUUUACUGUUCAGGCUGUUGAACAGUGACUGUUGGCAAGACAACAAACUGGGUGAGCUAUACAAACUCUUGGCUUAACCGUCCUGUGCUCGUAGACUUUUGAUCUACAGGCUCUUUUAAACUAGAAUGAUAUGAGUGUGAAUUUCUUAAAAUCGUGUGUAACAGAACCUUCUCAUGUUGUUGGUACAGUAUGUGUUGUGCAUUGGAAGCUGUUCCUGAGGUCCUGAAAUUUCAUAUGUGUUAAUGCUGGGAGGUUUGUCAUUUGAAAUGAACUGAUAGAUGUUUUAAAGAAUUACUGGUACCAUAAUAAAAGCCAGUGCUGGUUUGAGUUACUGAAUGUGACAGAUUACAUAAAAUCAGGAUGUUGCAAAAAAAAGGGAUUUAGAGAGUAUGGUUGAAUAAAGCUACUUUUUUUUUUUUUUUAAACACUACUGAGUGCUUUAGGCAGUCCUGCACAUAAGUUGUAACUUAUGACUAUUUAUUUUGUCAAUAUCAAGAUUACUGACUGUUUAAUUUUCCUUAACAAAAUUACUUUUACACAAGAACAAAAGGCUGCAUAAAGAAACCACAGGCCUGAAUUUGUUUACAAAUAUAACUAUGUACAGACAUAUUUUUAUGCACUCAUUGGGAGCUCAUUGGUGACAGAACAUACAAGCAGUAUUCCCAAACUACACAUAAUUACUUUAAAGCAAUAUUUCACCCAAAAAUGAAAAAUCUGUCAGGAUUGACAAUAACUAAAUUUUUACUCCCAUUAACCAAAACUGUUUUACUUCUGAAGAAAAGGUGACAUUCUGCCUAAGAUCUCGGUUUGUGUUUCACAUAAGUGAGUCAUAUACUGUAUGUUUGACAUGAGAGUGAGUAAAAGUAAGACAGAAUUUUCAUUUUUGGGUGCACUAUCCCAAAUGAGCAGCACACUGACUACCUUUAAAUGUUUAAAAUCAAACAAGAAAUAAUAUACAUAGUAAUAAUUUAAAAGGCUGCAAUGAAUGAGCUUAAAGAAUCCCCUUUCCCAGAGGACCUGAGGUGAUUCAUACUGCUUGGGUGAUAAAAUCUAUGUGUCUACACAGCCACUAUAGAACCUUAGGAACUGCGGGAGGAUUAACACUUGAAAUAAAUGCAACCUCAGUUGCAUCAUAGAUCUUUCUUUUGUUAACAUGUUGCUGUAUGUGAGGAUUAUUGUGAAUUAUUGAUUUAUCAUGCAAUAAUGUUCAUUUGAUGGAAGAGAUUUCAAAAUGGAGUGGGUUUGUUUGUUAUUUUGAAGUUUCUGUGGUCAGUACAACACUGAUAUUUCUACAAAAUUGUAUUUGUGGUGUCAAAACAUAUUAAUUGUAUCUGGAACAUGUGCAAUACCAGACAUAUGUAUCAUCUCAAAAUAUAAUUGUACUCAUAAGAUACAGAUGUUCUAAUGUGUUAAUCAAAUUCUACAACAGGCUUCUUGCAUUAGUUUUGUAUAUCAAAGUAGUUUUUGUUUCUUUUUCAAAAUGGUUUGUUUUUAUAUAAAAUAAAAUGUCCUAAAAUCUU